AUGCGCCUGGGAGUCCUCUGCGUCGCCGCCGUGAUUGCCGGCGCACUCUGCACCCUCACCACCAAAGCCGCCUUCGAAACCAGCGUUGGGGGUGAGUCCUUUGCAAAGCCCUUCUUCAUGGAGCUCGUCGUCGGGACAGCGAUAGCGACCUCCCUGCUCGGCUCGUGGCAGCACCGGCCGCGUGCCGCGGCAGGCACGGUCGAGUGCUACCUUCCACUGCUGCCGCUCGCGGCUAGCGACCUGCUCGUCGGCAUCUGCGACUGCCGGUCGGUGCUGCUCGCCCCGGCCAGCCUGGUUAGCCUGGUCAAUUGCUCGAUGCUCGUCUUUAGUGCCAUGGCCACGCGCGCCAUCUUGGGCUCGCGCUACUCGCGCACGGAGUGGGGAGGCAUCCUGGCCGCCGCCGCUGGCGUGAUCCUCGUGGGCGCCGCCUCGCUACUGCGCGGCGAGGCGGCGCCGAGCGGGACGGCGCCGCUCGGGGUGCUCUUGGCGCUGGCUGCGCGGGCGCUGCAGUCGGCGCAGUUCGCCUUUGAGGAGCGCUACAUGAAGGCGGGCCGCUUCUCGCCGCUGCUGCAGGUCGGUGCGGAGGGCGCCAUCGAGAGCGCGCUCUGCGCCGCGCUCGUCCUCCCGCUGGCGCAUGCCCUCCCCGGCUCAGACCACGGGCGGGUCGAGGACGUCGGCGACACGCUGCGAAGCCUCGGCCGGAGCCCGACGCUCUGCGCGCUGGUCGGCGUCAACUGGCUCAGCCUGGCCGCGCUCAACCCGCUGAGCAUGAGCAUCGGCCUGAGGCACGGCUCGGUCCUGCGGGUGUUUGUCGAGAUCGCGCGGCCCGCGCUGGUGUGGGCGGUCGAGCUUGCCGCCUGGACGCUGAGCAGAGGGCGGUACGGCGAGCCGUGGGCCGGCCCGCAGUCGUGCCUCGAGCUGGGCGGCUUUGGCAUCCUCCUCCUGGGGCUGGCGUUCUAUGUCCGUGGCGCGAGGGAGCGAGCGGCGGCGGCCUUGGGGGGCGGCGCUGCCGAGGGCCUUUUGCCAGGGGCGGGCCGCCCCGAGCACUCCGAGGCUGGGGUGCCAGCCACCGCACCAGGAUGA